ACGUAACAAUCAGUUCGCGAAAAACGCGCCUCUUCUUGCAUUUCUUUUUACCCCUUUUCACCCUUUUUAGUUAAUUUCCCAGUGCAAUUGCUUCCCCAAACGCCUCGGAUAUGAAUGAAUUUGACGCUUCCUAUGUGUCUUCUCGCUUCCCCCUCAAGAUUCCUCCGGAUAUCCGAGAUGACUCAGCGACAGAGAGAGAAAAGGUCCAUCCAUGCGAUAUUUUAUACAAUUGCAUCUCGAUUAUUAUGCGGGUGGUGUCUUUUGGCGUCACAAUUUACGUCUCCAUCCAGUAUUAUCAGCGGGGCAACUCUAAUUACAUGAUCUACACACUAGCCUGCUGGAUAAUCCCGUGGUUUCUGACCCUCUUCAUCAGUUGCGAAGUGAGGGCCAAGGAUGAAUCUCUACACAGGACACGAAAAGACUGCUGUUCCAACGCUGUUUGGAGUGUUUUUCUCAACAUUUUACGCUACUGGGAAACGACUGUUUACUCUCUGAAAUACUAUCUGGCUACUGAGAGGAACCAGAAGGAGAGAGCAACGAGAUACUACAGGAACCUGGUGCAGGCCGAGAGCGAUGAGACUUUCUUGCGCUUGUUCGACUGCUUCCUUGAGGCUGCGCCUCAGAAAGUCCUCCAAAUUGCCAUUUACCUCUCAGGCGAGGAGGCUCUGACGCCGUGGCAGGGAUGUCUCCUCGUCAGUUGCAUCUUCAGCAUGGCCUACACGCUGAGUUCUCACCAAAAGUGCCUGAGAUUGGCCACACCGACAAAGAAGCACAUCAAAUUCAUCGGCCAAGUCUUCCACAUCAUCUGGAAUCUCUCCAUGUCAGUGGCAAGGAUCCUGGCAAUCGCCCUCCUUGCCAGCAUUGGACCUCUCUGGACACUGCUCUGUUGCAUCAUCCAUGUCCUCCUCUUUGGACUGUACAUCUUCGUCUCUGAUCGCAGGAAUCUCAAUCUGUGCAACUACAACUUCUUCACCAAAUUUCUCCUCUCACUUACCAUCGGAACGAUCUUCCUUUUCCACCUGAUUUCCGUGAAAGAGGGCCCAACGCGCUACAGAUAUGUCACUUUCUACUCCAUCUGCUUCGUGGAGAACUUGGCCUGUCUAAUUACAUACUUCUUCUAUGCCGACUGGAAGCUGAUGCCCAUCUACUUAUUCUAUCUCUUCGUGGGGGCGGUGAUUGGGCUGUUUCUCCUGGGCAUCACCUUCCAGAUCAUCUACUACAAGUGCUUUCAUCCAAAUGUCACUGCCAAAGUUGCCAAUCGAGACCCAGUCCCACUCCGCGUAAUCACCUUGAGGGACCACAAUACUCUGGACAACUAACCUACAAAUCUAGGAUAGGAUUAAUCUGCUUUGUGUUACUAAUAAAGCAACUGCCUUUUACGCUU